AUGGGCAAGAAACGCGUUCUAGUCGGUUACGGCGUCGAUAUUGACGCUGUGGCUGGUUGGCUGGGCUCGUAUGGUGGCGAGGACAGCGUUAGCGACAUUAGUCGAGGUCUCUGGGCCGGCCACGUAGGAACCCCGCGACUCCUCAAGCUUUUCGAGAAAUACAACAUCAAAGCAUCCUGGUUCAUCCCGGGCCAUUCCCUCGAGACCUUUCCCGAGGAAUGCGCCCAAGUCCGGGACGCAGGCCACGAGAUCGGACUUCAUGGCUACUCCCAUGAGAACCCGGCUAGCAUGACCAAGGAACAACAACGCGACAUCCUCGACAAGACCUUCAAAAUGCUAACUGAUUUCUGCGGUAAGCCACCCCGCGGCAUUGUCGCGCCGUGGUGGGAGGCUAGCGCGGAGAUGGUCGAGCUAUUGCUUGCGUAUGGCAUUGAGUAUGAUCAUUCCAUGUCUCAUGAGGAUUGUCAGAUGUAUUGGUUGCGCACAGGGGACUCGUGGACGAAGAUUGAUUAUACGCAGAAGGCAGAGACAUGGAUGAAGCCGCUUGUACGAGGGCAGAUGACUGGAUUGGUUGAAAUACCUGGAUCUUGGUACAUAGAUGAUCUCCCUCCGAUGAUGUUUAUCAAGAAUUCGGCCAAUAGCCAUGGCUGGGUUAAUCCGCGGGACGUGGAGGACAUCUGGAAGGACCACUUCGACUACUUCUACCGCGAAUACGAUGAAUUCAUCUUCCCAAUGACGAUCCAUCCCGACGUUUCAGGCCGGCCACACGCGAUUUUAAUGCACGAGAGGAUCAUUGAGUAUAUCAAUCAACAUGAGGGGGUUGAAUGGGUGACAUUCGAGCAAAUGUGCGACGAGUUUAAGAAGACGAAUACGCCACCGCCCGGGGCAUUGAUGCCAGCGGCUCGUUGUGAAACAUAG